GACAUAAAACUUGCUGACGUGACACCCAUACCUUUGUGUCUGUAUGUAUUAUAUAAACGCUAUAGAACUAAGAGAAGAAGUAUCUAAGUAGCAUCAAAGCAUUCUAAAAGAAGUUUCAAAGAAGAAGUGAAAAUGGAAACCACUGCUUUUAACACAACAUCACGAAUUGGAAACUGGUCAUCGGCUAUUUCUCCACCUCUACAAACAUGUGGAUCUUUCAAGUGCCAAUUACCAACACGAAGAGGUGUUAUUGUAGCUGAUCUUCGAAACUCAAACUUCCGAUGGAGGAAAGCAACGACAACAAGCAGAGGAAAUGUUGCAGCAGAGGCAGUUAAAAUUCCUACGUCAGUACCAGUAAGAGUGGCGCGUGAGCUAGCUCAAGCAGGAUACCGCUAUCUCGACGUGAGGACACCAGACGAAUUCAGCAUCGGACAUCCGACUAGAGCCAUCAACGUACCUUACAUGUACAGAGUCGGAUCAGGUUUUCAUCACCGACCUUAAGGUUCCUCUUAUGAGAAAGAGUGAAAAUGAAAAACAACUUAAAACUAACACCAAGCCAAAACCGUUGCAGGAAUGGUUAAGAACCCGAGUUUUCUAAGACAGGUCUCGUCCCACUUCAGGAAACACGAUGAAAUCAUAAUCGUAAGUUUCAGUUUUGACAUUCAGAGACUAAAUAAACCCCUAUGAAGACAAUCCCUUGUUUCACAAAAUCUCUGAUGCACGUAAUAAACUACUUCUGCAGGGUUGUGAGAGCGGUCAAAUGUCAUUUAUGGCCUCAACUGAUCUUCUCACUGCUGUAUGUGUGUAAUAUCACUUCAAUUUAUAUAGCCGUUAUCCGGUUUAGGACAAGCGGGUUUAAUGUCGCCACAUGUACAGGGCUUCACGGCGAUCACAGACAUUGCUGGAGGAUACGUCGCUUGGACAGAGAAUGAGCUGCCGGUAGAAGAGUGAAAACAAUCAUAGCCAUAUCACCUCCUGUAAUUAUCAAUAAAUUCUGUAGAUGUUCUCAACGCAAGUAUCAAUCAUCAUUAUUAUUCUCUAAAACAUAGUUUAACUGUCAAAUCUAUAUUGGGUGAAAGCUUUACCGAACUUCGAACACCACAAAGUUUACGGACCAAUUAAGGACGGGGAUGCAUGCCUACACACGUUUAGUUUUCGCC